AUGAGAAAUAUACCAGCGAGCGGCGGCAAAAUGAAGCUAUCCGAGAGCAAGUCCGACACGUCCAUCAUCGCGAACCUGUACAAGUCGAUCAACAACAGCUACCGGCGGCUGUCGAACACGAGCAAUGUCCUGCACCGCAUCCCGGACAUGGAGAUCCCGUGCAUGGCGAUCGCCGACGAGUACGACAUCGAGAAGAUGAUCGCCGAGGGUUGCUUCGCGAAGAUCUACCUGGCGCACCAUCGGCCGACCGGGACGACCGUCGUCCUCAAGGCGAUCCACACCGAGCUGACGAGCCUGAAGGAGUUUGCGAAGGAGUUCCACUACAACUACCAGCUCAGCCACCAUCCGAACAUCCUCAGCUGCUACCAGGUGAAGUUCCAGACGAAGGAGUACUACGUGUACGCGCAGGAGCACGCCCCUUGCGGCGAUCUGGCGGCGAACGUGGGGGCGAGCGGGUUGCCGGAGAGCAGCUGCAAGCGAAUUGCCGAACAGCUCAGCUCGGCCCUGGGUUUCAUGCACCUGAAGGCGCUCGUGCAUCGCGAUUUGAAGCUGGAGAACGUGCUCGUCUUUACGCCAGACUUUGCGCGCAUUAAGCUGUGUGACUUUGGCACGACGACGCGGGAGGGAGUGCUGGUGAGCCGGAACAACAAGACCUGGACCGCGUUCCUGCCACCGGAGGUGCUCGAUGUGGUGAAGAACGAGCGGUUCAUCUGCAAAGCGUCCGCGGACUCGUGGCAGUUCGGCAUCGUGCUGUACGUGUGCUUGACCGGGGCGACGCCGUGGAAGUCGGCGGAUUGGGUGAAGGACGCGAAGUACGCCGCGUUCAUGAAGUACCAGAAGCGCGAGACGACCAAGAUCCCGGACAAUUUCCGCCGGUUUACGCCCCGCUUGCUGCGAGCCUUCCGGCGCAUCUUCGACCAUCGGGAUGAGGAUCGGGCGAAGGUGACGGACAUUAUGAAGUACAUGAAAAACCGAUGGAUGGACGGGAAGAUUGCGACCUCGAAGUCGGCCUCGAACAUUGCCUCCAAUCACCAGCUGCACACGAGCUCCGAUCAGGACUCGGUGAAGUACAUCAACCACCGGGAAAGCCGGAACUCGUUCGAUGGGAAGCUGCGGGCGCGCCGUAUGACCAGCGCAGGGCUGCUAACGCCCGACUCGGGACCCGGCGCGUCCGGUCUGCUUCCCACAGGUGCCGAACAGCAGGAAGCAGUGCGCAGCAAAGUGUGGGGUUGGCUCGAAUCGAACGAUCUGAGCUGCAGCGGCAGCGUGGACGAUCUCACCUUCUGGAGCACCAAGGACACGAAGACACUCCAGCAGCAGCAGCAACAGCAGCAACAGCAACAACACCACCACCACCACCAGCAUCAGCAGCAGGUGCAGCACCAGCUGCAGCAGCGACGGCAGAGUGCCCACGUCGCCCAUCACCAUCAGCAGGACCUGAUUAGCUUCAGCGAGACGCACAACAUCGUGCGCGAAACGAGGACCACCAUCACCAGCGGCAGCGCGAGAAUGUUCAAAUAGAAAAAGCAACCUACCAAACCUCAGAUUCCAAUCGCAGGACACCACCCUCGGAACCCAGCAAACAAACACACAUCAACCGGAACCAUACGCAGCAACGCUGCGUCCUUAGGCUAGUAUAGCUAGUGCAUGUGAUUAUAUUAAUUAUAUGUGUGAUAAAUGCCAAACGCAAGGGAAGGAGGAGAACCGACCGGGAAUGGAGUGCGAACGAGUUGGGGAUGGCAGUGGAGCAAGCGGACGCGAGGGUAAGCGGAUAUUUGAGUGCGGCAGUGGUCGAGUUUUCGUAGAGGCAUUUUAGAGUGAUCGUUUAAGCAGUAAAACGCGCAGAGUGUAGUAUGAAGGUAAAUUAGCAAUGGAGGGUUGGAGCUUGCAGAAAAGAAGAGAAAAGAUUUAAGAAAAGAAACCUUCAAAGGAAGUACCGAAAAGCAAGCAAAGGUAAAAGCAAAAAGAAACAGGGAGACGUAAAACUAUGAAAUUUGUUACAUUUAAUGAAAGUGAUACAGUAUAAAUGAGGAUAUUUAUACCGAUAUAUACAGCUAUACAGUUCAAUAUAUACAAGUUUCGAUGAUGAAAAAAAAAACCAACAGGUGGCCACAGGCUGACGGGAUUUGUGGUUUUGAACCCCCUCUAGUCUAAGCGUUGAGCAACAACAUAAACAAAAAAACAAAGAAAAGCAAAACCAAUUCGUAGAAAAACAAAACCCAAAUAAAUUAGAAGUAGAAAGCGAAAAGGAAUACAAAAAAAUAAAACUACCAGGUUUAGAAGAAAAAAAACAACAAACUGCUCACUGUGUAUUAACUGUUUUCCAAAGUAAGUGUUACCUUGUUUGUAUUAUGAAAAAGAAUUAGAAAACCUACGUUAAGGACAUGAUAGAUCAGGUUACCAGCCAACUCAGAGGGCAUGAAAGGGAAACCCUACAGCAUAAAGUGUAAGCCAGCAAAGCUAAUAAAGCAGGAAAAAUGUGUAGAGAUGUAGACAUGAAAACAAAUAUAGAGAAAAGAAAGGAAAGAAGGCCAAUCGUCAAUAGUACGGAACGGUGAACGAUGCAAUAAUAAAAAAAGUGUGACACAUGGGUGGUGUGAAACAAGUAAAACUUUGUUCAAAUGAAACAAUAAACAAACAAAAGCGAAAGGCAACAUUUGCAGAAGAGAAAUGUACUUUUUAGGAGAUAUAACCAUAAAACCAAAAACUAAAAAAAAAAAAACAAAGCCCGCAAGAGGCAAGGGGGAAAUGAAAAUGUACAUAGCUAGCUGAUAAUGGGCGGGCUGGGUUUCGAAGCUGUUUAGUCGAUUAAUAAAGUAUGUGAUA